AUUAAUUUAAAUGGUUUAAUUAGCUUCUAAUAGAAGCACGGUGGUGAAAGCCAUCGAUUCUACUUGGAGCAUCAUUCGAACUCUAUUUUUUGCUAUAAUUCUCUUUUUAAGUACUCUAAUUGGUAUGAAGAAGGAAUCCAAUAAAUAUACAAAGGAUGAAUUAAAUUACAUAAUAGAAGAAAGUAAUUUUCGAUAUUGAUUAAAUUUAGAGAUGCCUUUUAAGAGAAAACAAAAAGAUGAUGAUGAUGAUGAUACUGGACAGAAAGGAACUAAGCCUAAGAUUGUUAGAGGAUUGGGAGGAGGAGCUGAAUGUAAAAGCUGAGGUUGAGCUAUACUUUGUAAAAAACAAAGGAUUUUAUAGUAGCUAACAUUUGCUACAUGUAUGACGAUUGUCUUAAGAAGUCCAGAAUAAUUGGAAUUAAGAAAUCUGAACAAUAAAAGCCUUUGUUUUAUUUUGAUAAUAUUUAUAUUUAAUUAAU